GGAAACUGACUUCGCUCUUCACCUUUUGCGGAAAAUUCGGUGUGUCGAAGAAAAUGCCAGUCGUGCAUCUUGGCAUACGCAUCACCCUUUUAACGCGAUUCUUCCCAGAUGAUACAUGACCAGGGUUCAGACGAGCAUGUUGCUCCAAGCAGCGCCCCCUGCAGCCCCCCAGACAAGACUGCUACAAGGGGCCGAUUCUCAUUCGUCCCGCUUGCGAAGCAGUGGAGUGACUUGUAUGAUGACGCUCCAAUUCCAGACGAGGAUCUUUCAUAUAUGGAGGAGUUACGACUUUUGCCCUUGGAACCCAAACGCGGAUGUGUUGAGCUUUUUGUGCGCGCCUAUGAUGACGACUCCAUCCCACCAAAACUAGAGACAAUAAUCCGUCUCUACGGAAGUAUCGAGAGGACCGACCUUGACGAGCAGACCAAGGGGACGAUCUGGCUGGACGAUAGAACUUCUAGUGCAUAUCCCCUGGCUUCGUCUGCAUUGUCUCCUGCUCAAAGGCCUUACCAUCACGGAGCAACUCCUCACUUAGAUCCACAUACGCCGGAUAGUCAUUGUCACAGCGCACUCGACAAUAACCCUGCUGCGGGCACCACUCCAGGCAUUCCAAAGGACGCUUCUACAGAAAGCGCUUCAGCACGAUACUCUCCUACUUCAAGACGUCCCAACGUACCAUUGACAGCGAAGAUGCUAUACACGCUACUUCGAGAAGAGAGAUUCAAGCAUAAAAUUUUACCAGAUUCGGACCGGCGUUUGAUCUUCAUACUCGACCCGGAUGGCUAUGACUUUGUAGCGCUGACAGAGACUGUACCGCAUCAUCAGUAUAAAGCACUCAAGGAUAUCAUCACUAAAUACCAUGCUUUCCGUCCUUCAAUGGGAGUCGGCCUUUCUACCAGUGGUAUGCCUAGUUACCAGCUUGACUUUCACCUGCCCUUCUUUGCGAUGCGAACGAAUAAGCUCCACACACAACGAAAGAACAUCAAGCCGCAUCGAGAGUGGAUAAAUCUAUCAUUUCUGGCUCAUCUUCUACCAGAACCAACUAAGCCCGGUGAUCUGGGUCUUUACCCUGCGCAGAUCUCUCUUACUAUCUGUGGUACUAGUGUCAGGCAGUACGUCGGAUAUGGAUUCGAGGAUGCCGGAUUUGAUCCAGACCGGCAAUUUGGUGACGGAGAGUUCUCACUCCAAGGAUUCCAUGCUGACCAGAUGACCCGAGGAAAGCAAGACGCAAAUCUUCCAAUUUGGGAUCCAAGGGAAUACUUUCUCCUGAACUUGAGGCAUCGAGUUGGACAGAUAUGCGAGGAGUGGGAGAGAGUUGUGCACGACUUUGAGGAAGCUUUGAAAGCGCGUGCCUCGCAUCCCUUGAAGUUGCAUGAUCGUAUGCUCGAAGUCUUUGGGGCUUUGUUGCCGGUUCUUGAGGACACAAUAGAGAUGUGGCAUGACUUUCUUGGGGCAAACGGGGACCAUGGCUACUUUUCCAAUUCCACCCCAAAGUCUGAUGCCUCACAUUUUGGAAAUAUGCUUCACAGCAUCGACAAGGAAUUCUUGAAGUUGACAAAAUACUACAGGGCCCUGUCGCGCAUGCAGAAUCAGUGCGAGAAGUCAGAAACGUCUCUCGGAGCGCGAAUGAUGCAGCAGAACAACUACAUCGCAGUUCUCAUGGUCCAGUACAUUGGCCCACUUAGCCUUGUCACAUCUUUCUUUGCGAUCGAAGAGCCUGUCGUUAAGUUCGAGCGCAAUCUGGUUUCUUUCUUGGGGUUGAAUUUUAUUCUCAUAGUGUUGGUUCAUCUUGUGCGAUUGGUCGUGGAAGGACACAUGUACCGGCCCAAUUGGUGGGACACUAUCGCGAUAAGGGUGAAGAAGACGUCAAAGGAUGAUAGUGCCAUCAUCAAGAAGAAUGCAACGGGCGACACCGUGGUACAGCGCAGGCGGACUUAUUCUUGGUUCAAGAAGACGAAGUAGUCAAAGCAACAUUGAUAGAAUUGUUCAAGAGAUC